UCUGGGUGGAAAGGAGAUCGAUAUUCUGGAAAUGAUCACUCAAGGAUACACGUACGAAGGUCUGAAGAGUGGCCAGACGGGGAUCUCGGAUACAGUGGCCUCUGGAAACAUCGGUCGAUCGCAAUCUUUCUCCACUCGAGAGGAGGUGGAGAAGGAGAUUAAGCAGUGUGGUGUGUCUGUGAAGAACCUGAAAGCCAAUUAUGAAAUUCAUAGCACGUCAAAGUGCGAGGAUGACAAGAUGAACCGCGUAUACAAACGUACGAGGUCCUUGCCGGCAGUUAGUGAAUGUAGCUACCCAUCAGAGCCCGUCCUGGAGGAUGAGCUGCUCUUCUCUCUCAGUGAGAGCAACUCACAAAUCGGGGAUGGGUCACCGAUAGAGCAAGUUCCAAAUGUACCAUUGGUGAAUGAGGAGCCUAUAACACAGUCCCACGCAACUUUGGUGUACACCGGGUCUGAAAGAACAGGGCCGUCUGACUCGGACCACCCGGACGUCUCUACGAACCCACUAUCCUCGGAACAGCUCACCCGCAGUCUAGAGGUGCAAACGGACCUGAGCUACGUCCAGGAGUGCAUCGAGAUGCGAAAGGAGAGGAUUGUGUUUCUCUUCCUGGAACACUGGAGAAAGUACACGAUGACUGAAUCCUACAAGUGCUCAGGAAGAGGGAAGACUCUAAGUGUUGAAGAGAAUGACGGUCACUCCCUGUAUUAUCAGAACUUAGCUGAGCCGGAUGGUGCCAUGCAAACUGAGGAUGACCAACUGCUGUAUUUCAUGAAGCAGAGGCAGGUUGUGGGAAAUCUUCUUGGCCACUGGAGGACCAUCAUGAGCCAGGUGCCCACGCGACAAAUCAGGAGACUCAGUCGAGCUCAGAUGAUCUACUGGCCCGAGCACUUCCUUCCCCACAUCAACGGCUCACCUGUUCAGUAUGAGAGUCUAACCCUUGACCUUUUCAUGCUCGGCUACUUCCAGCUUCUUGAAAUGAACAUGUCCCGCACUGAGCGGAAGUUCCGGCACUUGCUUUGCUAUGAAAUGUUUGACCGACUUGGCAGUCACCCGUGGGAAGUGAUCCGCCAGUUCCACCGAGAGGUGAUGGGGAGCAUCGAGACAGGGAAACGUGAUUGGUCGGAUGGAUUUGAAGACAUCAAGGUGAAGUAUUUUGGUGACUCUGUUGAGGGUGGCGGGCUGCUGGAAGCUGCUGAGCUCAUUCUCCCGCCGGAGGUUCUGCAGGCACCCGUAAGCAUAUCGCAAAGGGCUCCAGACGCAAGUCUCUCAGGUGUUUCACCACCAGAUGCCCCCUUUGAACACCCAGGACCAACUUCAGAUGACUGUGCAAUGGCCACCCAACAGGACUCUUCAGAAGAUUCAGCGGAGAACAUUACAAAUCACACAGCAAUACAGGAGAGUCCUACUGAAGUUCAAAACACAGUAACGCAAGCAAUCAUAACAGUCGAAAGCCCCCAGACGGAAGCCAAACAGGGCCCAGCAAAUACCAAAGAGGAGCCCAAUGAGGACUCCAUCAAGCUUAUUUAUGAACUUAAAGAGUUUAGCAAUGAGGAAAUUAUUAGAUAUAUUGACCGAAGCUUCGCCUUCUGGAAAGAGAAGGAAGCUGAGAUGUUUGACAUAUGACUUAUCAGGUCAACUUAUUUAAAGGAUGAAACACAAUCAUAAGGAGACAGAUUAUAUACUUGUGUUAAGCAGUUGGGUCAGAAAGGCGGUUUAGUUCUAGAAAAUGCUGAGGUUUUGAUUUUUAAAAGAAACAAUCAAAUGUUGGGCUUAACUGAAUUUAAGCAACAACCUGUCCUGUCAUCAUUUGUCAUCAGAUGUCUUACGACCGACUGUAAGCUGGGGUGUAAAAACUCGAUAUUGACGUUUUUGAAACUGCUAAAACGAUAAAUACUAGAAAUACCCAACACAUUCUCAUCCCAAGGCGUCAUAUACGACGCUUUUACCAAAGCGUCGUAUAUGACGCUUCGGACGCUUCCAAUAUGACGCUUAUAUGACGCUUCCAAAUCCAACGCACAUGGCACCCUUUA